AUGGCCCCCAUGGCGGUGCCAACCGAGCAGCACCACCACCGGAACACAACGAAGAAGGCGAACAAAGUCUUCAAGUCCAAGCAUAUGACCAAGGGCGCUCUGAAAGAUCUCUCUAAAGGGAAAAUCGGGAUCGAGAGGGGCAGCCGAAAGACCCCCCACCAGCAGCUCAUGUCGAAAAUGCAGAGGCGAAACCAGGCCGAGCAGAAGAAGAGACUGAAGUCUAAGGCGAAGUCUGAGGCCGUCAGCAUAUUUUCCGGCCAGCAUGGCGCUCCCAGGCAUGUGGCGGUCAUACCAGUUUCAGAGGGGGUGGACGUGGAUGCGGCAGUGUUACGGCUCAAUCAGAGCGUUGACGUGCCCGAUAACGAAAGUUACAGUGGCAUAUGUCGAGUACGCAUCGACCGGUUCAAGCAGAGUAUUACAUAUAUCCCCGCUACGAGGGAUCUGAUCAGCGCAUUGGAUGUUUGCCGGCUGGCUGAUUUCGUUGUGUUUGUGGUUUCUUCUGAUGCGGAAGCAUUGGAUGAAACCGCCCAGGUACUUCUCAAGGCAGUAGAAGGCCAGGGCAUCUCCAACGUCAUGGCACUUGUACAGAGACUUGAGACAAUACCAACACCGAAGAAGAGGACACAAGUUGUAACAUCACUAAAGUCCUCACUAACACGGUACUUCCCUAGCCUUGAUAAAGUCCACUCUCUCGACUCUAGGCAGGAUUGUUCGAACGUCAUUCGCGGCCUUUGUACUGCAACUCCAAAGGGUAUACAUUGGAGGGAUGAUCGAAGUUGGAUGUUGAUCGAGAAUGUAGAAUGGCCUGCUUCUUCAGCUGAUGAAACAGGUGACGUUGUGAUCACCGGUGUAGUUCGAGGGAAAGGUCUCAAGGCGGAUCGAUUGGUACACAUCCCAACAUGGGGAGAUUUCCAGGUAUCAUCAAUCACUAAAGUGCCGCCUCCGUCGCGCAAGAAGGAGGAUGCAAUGAAUAUUGAUGAUACCGUGAAUGAGGAAGUUUUGGAUGAACCGACCGAAGAUGCUGAGGAUCUCACUACGGUAGCUCCCGAGGAAGUGUUCAUGACAGAUGAUACCCCUUCAAUGCUUGGGCAGGAGAGAAAAGGUGUACUGCUUGACGAUCACCAUUAUUUUUCAGAUGAAGAUGAACCAACAGCAUACGAGGUGCCUAAGAGAAUACCCCGUGGUACAUCAAAGUACCAAUCAGCCUGGUAUCUUGAUGACUUUUCUGACUCGGGGUCUGAUCUCAUGGACGGAGAGCAUGAUGGUGAUGAGGAGAUGAUGGAUGUGGAAGAAGGCCGGCCUGAGGAUGGCGUUUUCCCUGAUAAUAGAGAUGCCAUGACCGAAGGUGGCGGUACUGAAUACCCGCAGUCCGAGAUGUUCCUAGAUCCAUCUCCAGAGGAAGAAGCCAAACAGAUAGAGGAGUACCGAGCCAGCAAGAAGAGCGAGGCUCAGGAGGACCUCGAGUUCCCAGACGAGAUCGAGCUCCAUCCUAACACAUUAGCGAGAGAGCGUCUGGCCCGAUACCGUGGUUUGAGGAGCCUCAAGACUAGCAAGUGGGAAACCGAGGAGGACAGGGCACACGAACCAGAGGACUGGCGCCGUCUGCUGCAGGUACCGGAUUACAAAGGAGCACGUAAUCAGUGUAUACGGGAGGCUCUUGUUGGCGGCGCAAAGCCUGGAACCAAGGUGCACGUACAUCUCCGAGCGGUCCCAAUGGGCCUGCAGCAACGUAACCCAUCCCCUCUAUCUCUCUUUUCCUUGUUGCGUCACGAGCACAAACAUGCGGUUGUCAAUAUCAACAUGACCCUAAACUCCACGGUGGAGGCACCCAUCAAGUCAAAGGAAGAGCUGAUCUUCCAAUGCGGCCCUCGUCGACUGCUCGUCAAACCCAUUUUCUCCUCCGCAGGGACAACACCCAACAAUGUUCACAAGUUCGAUAGAUUCAUCCACCCUGGCCGCAAUGCAGUAGCUAGCUUCAUCGGCCCUGUAUCCUGGGGCUCCAUCCCCGUACUGGUCUUCAAACGCACGUCUGUGGCUGACCCCGAAGUACUCGAUGGAAGCGACGAAGCCAACACCAAGCCCGGUGCCCUGGAGCUCGUCGGAACCGGGACGUCUAUGGCCCCAGACCACUCUCGCGUGGUAGCCAAGCGAGUCAUCCUCACCGGCCACCCGUACAAGAUUCACAAGAAGCUGGUCACUGUCCGCUACAUGUUCUUCAAUGCAGAGGACAUUGCCUGGUUCAAAGCCCUGCAGCUCUGGACCCGACGUGGACGCACUGGCUACAUCAAAGAGAGUCUGGGAACCCACGGCUACUUCAAGGCCACGUUUGAUGCAAAGAUAAACCCACAGGAUUCUAUUGGAAUCAGUUUGUACAAGCGAAUCUUUCCCCGGAAGGCUGUGGAAUGGGACGCUCUUGGUUAA